UUAAACAAAUGUCAUAUAAAAUAAUGACAUUAAAUAAUUUAAACUAUUUUAAAAUUAAAGACUUAUAUAAUGACAAAAAUUAGUAAGGUCUCAGUGAAAAAUAUUUAAGUGUUAAAAAUUUUUACAUGGAACUUUUUAGAAAAGCAGGUGCCAUUGGCGGCGAAGAUGUGGGGCCGAGCAGUACUGCUCGUGCUGGUGACGGCCGCCUUGAUGACUUCGACAACUCAAGCCGUUCAAGACGAAGACAGUCAACUGAAAGUCGGCAGAUCGAUAGAUAUAUUCACGAGAUACGGUUAUCUCAGUUUAUCAAUGAAAGUAGUUGCCAAAAACGAAUCAGAAUGGAUCUUCAGAGAGCCCACCAUAGACGUUUUUACAGAUAUAGAUCGCUAUGCAAUCCAUCCAGAACGCGUUCCCAAGAAGCAAAAACGCGUUUUCGAAGGAGACUUCCACAUGGAGUUUUGCGACAAUGUUCGACAACUUGUGCAAGCUUAUUUCAGAGAUUUUUCGUUCGAAAGGUUGGACAAACCUUGGAGCGCGUUCACAGCGUCAUGGGCGCCGGAAACGUUGGCGAAAAACCUAGGAAUUAAUUCAUCUUUCGUGCUCAAAGAACACUGUUACGUGUUAGUGCGGUUGUCGAGGUUUCGUGAUGUCAUAAAACUCGACAGAAUCCCGAACAAUAUAAACCUGGCUGACGUUGUAGCCAGAGAAAUUAACAAUAUUAAAAUUGGUGACGUGGGUAGUGUGCUUAUGUUCAUCAGGAAAUAUGGAUCUCACUAUAUAAAUUCGUACGUCACUGGGAAUUCUUUAUAUCAAGUAUUCGUCUUCAACAAAACCAACUACCAACAAAUGAAGGAGAGAUUGAAAAGGCAGGGUAUAGCCCAGAUAGGCGAUUUAGAAUUGGCCCAUUACUUCAGUCCAUGGUACGCAGAGCACAUGGGCAGUAUUAAAGUGGCGAGCGGUAAUAAAUCGGUCGCCCACUGGGCGGCUUACAAGCUGAGAUAUAAUUAUUCCAUUUUUACAUAUCCUUCAUUAUUGAAAAUACAUGGUAACCCGCGAUUACUCAGCAGACUGAACAAUCUCUUAGGCAACGAGGCAAUUUUAGAACUUCACAUGAAGACUUUAGCACCUGCCUUCAAAGAUCCUCUAAAAAGAUUGUGGUUCGAAGAAGUCCUAGAUAAUUUUUUGAAAUUGUGGGAGGCCAAUUUAUAGUUCAAAUGUCCUAAAGAAAACGCUCAGAUUACAAAUAGGUAUCUGGUGAAUGUCUGUGAUCAACGUGAAUGUCUAUUUUUAUUUAUGGAUUAAAAAUAAGUGUACAAAGAGUCCUAAUUAAAAUUUAAUAAAGCUUUUUAUUUAUAACCUAACAUUUGUGUUGUUUCACAUGUUUAUUUUGUAAAUUAUGUGAUAAGAGUUUCUAUGAUGUAAUUGUACAGCAUCAGUAGUUUCAAUAUAUCGCCUAAUUGGAAUUAUUAAGGCGUCAUUAUCUUCGUGAUCGAAUAGUGUCAUAACCUAUUUUUUACUUAUUUAGUCUGCAUAGGGAUAGAAAUGCCAUUGUUAUUUUAUUACAGAGAUGUUGCUUCAGCAAAAUUUUGUGAAUUGCUACAAUUACUAAAGAG